AGUAUGUCACGGUCGCGGUCCUGUUCCGAAGCUUCUGCGGCCUCUUCGUCAUCGGCAGCAGCAGCGUCUUCGACUCACGCCCCUUCUUCGCGCGGAGGUAACCUAGAAGAUGUUACAACGAAGUCCGAGCACGACGAAAAUAGGCAGCGAUAUGAUUCCGCAUUGCCCUCUCCAUCCCAUCCAGCUUCGGUGGCCGACGGUGCUGCAAGGGAGCGAGAAGAUAAUGGCAAACGCCUGAGGUCACCGAGCCCUGCCGGUGGUGAAGCUUCUGGUUCCGAGGAAGCGGAAGAGGAUGAUGAGCCCGCCAAAUUGCAUGUUUCUGGUCUAACAAGAAACGUGACAGAGGAGCAUCUCAACGAGAUAUUCGCCACAUUUGGGAAGCUGUCGCGUGUGGAACUGGUACUUGACCGACGAGUGGGCUUAUCGCGGGGCUUCGCCUAUGUUGAGUACGAUCAUCGGAAGGACGCUGAGGAAGCCCAGCUGUACAUGGACGGUGGUCAGCUUGACGGCGCACCUUUGAAAGUGAACUUUGUGCUUUUGGGUGGACGGCCUGGUGGUGCAGGCGGUUUCAGCGAGACUGGUCCGAAGGGUGGCAUUCGGCGUUCCCGCUCUCCGAACAGGCGGAGCCGCAGCCGAUCUCCUGUAUCCCGUGGCGGUGGUCGAGAAAGGGACCUUUACGAUCGUAAUGGCGGUCCGCCGGAGAGGAGGGGCGGGGGAGCUCAAUGGGAGGGGCGGCGGGGCCGGUCUCGUUCUCCGCCUCGGGGGGGUCGACACGACCGAGGUCGGUUGCCGCCAGGGCGGUUUACUCGAGGAGAGCGCGGACGCAGCCCCCCCUACCGUCGCCAGCCAGACCCUCGCGGCUGGUCGCCGCCACGGCGCGGGCCGGGUGGGCGGGCAUCUCCGCCUCGGGGUGGGCGGUACCGCUCUCGCUCGCCCCCUCCGCGCCGCCGGCCCGGCUCACCCUCGCGCUCCCCGCCACGGCGACGGGGCAUGCGGCGGUCGCGCUCCUCCUCUGUCUCCAGUCGUAGUACUCGAUCCUCGUCGUCCUCCUCCUCCUCCUCCGCGUCCUCCCGAUCCAGCCGCGGUCGCAGCCGGAGCAGCCGCUCCUCACGCAGCCGUUCCUAGAUGGAGGGGGCGGCGCCAACAGGGAAGGCAAGCAGGAGUCUCACCCGCCGCUUGAGGCUUGAAUUUUGCUUGCAUGAGGGAGGGAGGACGCACGAGGGGGGAGGGUAAAAGGGAGGAUUGAAGUAAACGACAAGUGGCUGCGGA